AAUUUAUUUUAUUCCCCUCUCAUGCUUUGAGUUAUUUUUCUCUCUUUGUAUCAUUUUUCAACAAUUACAACAAGUACACUCAAGAAUGCCUCUCUUUACUACUCUUCAAUUGGCCUUUGCUUUUGGCAUUCUUGGAAAUGGGGUGUCGUUCUUGGUGUACUUGUCCCCACUGCCGACUUUCUAUAGGAUAUUUAAAAGAAAAUCGACCGAAGGAUUUCAAUCGAUACCUUAUUCGGUUUCGCUUUUCAGCGCGAUGCUUUAUUUAUACUAUGCUUAUCUCAAAAAAAAUGAGAUUUUGCUUAUCACAAUUAACAGCUUUGGAACUGGUAUACAAUUGAUAUAUCUCACUAUUUUCAUGAUAUACGCCACCAAAUCGGCUAAGAUAUUUGCUACGAAGCUGUUGAUUGGAUUUAACUUAGUGGCAUUUGGCGCUAUUGUUGGGUUGACAUAUAUUUUUGCUAAUGAAAAUGAUUUACGAAUUAGUAUCGUUGGAUGGAUUUGUGCGGUAUUUUCUGUUAGCGUUUUCGCUGCUCCUUUAAGCAUUAUGAGACGCGUUAUUCAAACAAAGAGCGUUGAGUUCAUGCCAUUCCCUCUAUCUUUUUUCCUUACAAUUUGCGCUGUGAUGUGGUUUUUCUAUGGUCUAUUGAAAAAAGACAUGUACAUUGCGACGCCAAACAUUCUAGGGUUUUCAUUCGGGAUUGCACAAAUGAUAUUGUACGCGAUCUACAGAAAUAGAAAGCAACAAGUUCUACCGGACCUAAGUCUGAUGGAUAUAAAAGAAAUCGCGAUUGACAUGAAAGCGGUGGUGGUGGAGAUAAUUCAAGAAAAUGUUGAUGAUGAGAACAAGAAUAAGAUCAAUAAGCAAGAAGAAGUUGUAAGUGUUGAUGAAAAAAAGGAUGUUGAGUAUAAUAAGCAAGAUGUUGCACUAACAACUUCUAAUGUAUGAGAAAAAUUAAUUAAUGCACCAAAAAUUAAGCUACAAAAAGAGAUAUAUAUAUAUUUGCCCCCUAAUAGCCAAAGGCAAAGAAGGGUUAAAAAUGUAAAAAGGGGAAUUUAUAUAUAAUGUAUCAGAUGAAAUUCAUGCUUAUUAAUGUGUUAAUUACUUUUGUUACUGCUUUUUACUAAUUAAAGGAUGCAAUUAUUUC